AUGUCGCAGGUGUACCAAGUCGUCCGCAGAAUCAUCGAUGAGCGUGCACAGUAUGAGGACGGCCCGCCCGAGCGCCUUGCCUUCGCCGCUGUGUACGACGAGAUCCGACGCUCCAACUCCAGCCUUAACAGACGGCCGAAAAAGCUGCUGGAGGACAGUAUUGAGCGUGUGCUGGUGACUUUGCAGCAGGACAGCGAGUCAGACAGCGACGCGUCCAUCGAAGUGGCACAGGAGGAGCGGCAGAAACACAAGUCAGCGUCCAAUAACCUCAACCGAAGCAUAGUCAGUGCAUGGGCCAACUCAGCGGCGCCCUCGGGAUCAACGACACCGAAGCCAGAACUCGCCGCCAUGGAGUCUCCUGCCAAACCAGCACCCGUUGUGAACGGCGAGCCUCCAAGGAAGAAACGCAAGGCCGCACCCGUCAUCGACAGGUCACCCCCAACGGGCAUAACAUGGGACUCCCUAGGUGGAAUCGACCCAGUUAUCCAGCAAUUCGAGGAUUUGGUGGUCAUCCCGAUGACCAAGCCCGAGAUCUACGCGGAGCACAAAGUCCAACCCCCACGGGGCAUCCUGAUCCACGGGCCUGCAGGCUGUGGCAAGACCAUGGUCGCCCACGCACUGGCAGCCGAGUUGGGAGUCAAUUUUAUCAACAUCUCAGCCCCGUCGAUCGUGUCAGGCAUGUCCGGAGAGAGUGAGAAGGCGCUGCGAGAGCACUUCGAGGAAGCGAUGCGCUGUGCACCGUGUCUAGUCUUCAUCGACGAAAUCGACGCCAUUACUCCAAAGCGCGAGUCAGCCCAACGAGAGAUGGAGAAGCGCAUUGUUGCACAGCUCCUGAUAUGCAUGGACGACCUCGCGCUCGAGAAGACCGACGGAAAACCAGUCAUCGUCCUCGCGGCCACGAAUAGACCCGACAGUCUCGACCCUGCAUUGCGCCGAGGCGGCCGUUUCGACAAAGAAAUCAACAUGAGCGUGCCCAGCGAGCCUGUUCGAGAACAGAUCCUUCGAGCUCAGACGCGAGGCAUGAGCCUCGCCGCCGAUAUAGAUUUCCCUCUCCUCGCCAAGCGAACCCCGGGCUUCGUCGGUGCUGACCUCAACGACCUGGUCUCCACAGCCUCCGCCACGGCCGUAAGGCGGUACCUGAACCAGCUGAAGGCCAACUCCGAGAAAUACACCAUGGACGUCGACAUGGAUGCCAACAACGCCCAUGCUAACGCAGACGCGAACGUAAACGGUACCGACACCCUCCCUGACCUCAUCGCCAGCAGCUCCUCCGAGACCAUAAGAUCCUUCCGCCGCCUCGUCAGUUACGCCAAAGCCGCCCACCCGGAGGACAAGGACACCAACGAAGCCGUCCUACUAAUCACAUUCGCCGAUUUCCUCACCGCCCUGCCCCAGAUCCAACCGUCCUCCCUCCGCGAAGGCUUCGCCACCAUCCCCAGCACGACCUUCUCGGCGAUUGGCUCUCUGAAAUCACACAUCACCGAGUUGCAGGAGACCGUCAUCCAGCCCAUCCUGAACCCCGCCCUGUAUACAAGCCUCGGGAUCACACCCUCCAGCGGCACACUCCUCUGGGGGCCCCCGGGUUGUGGCAAGACUCUGCUUGCCAAAGCCUGCGCGAACGCCAGCCACGCCAACUUCAUCAGCGUCAAGGGACCCGAGCUGUUGAAUAAAUACGUGGGCGAGAGCGAGCGCGCGGUGAGACAGGUCUUUACGCGCGCCCGGAGUUCCGUGCCCGUGAUUAUCUUCUUCGAUGAGUUGGACGCCCUCGUGCCCACCAGGGAAGGAGGCUCCGGUGGUGGAUCCGAGGCCAGCGCCCGGGUUGUCAAUACGUUGCUGACGGAACUCGACGGCGUGGGCCACAGUAGGGAGGGGAUCUACGUCAUUGCGGCGACGAAUCGACCUGAUAUCAUUGAUCCUGCUAUGCUGAGGCCUGGUCGGCUGGAUACCUUGUUGUACGUGGGGCUACCGGACGCCGAGGGCAGGGUGGAUAUUCUGAGGACGCUGUGUAGGAAGGUCGCGGGCAUGGUCUUUGACGAUUCAGUCGCCGCCAUCGCCGAGGCGUGUGAUGGGUUCAGUGGUGCCGACCUCGAGUCACUCGUCCGCAGAGCUGGUUACAACGCGAUACGCCGCGGCGUGGCUUCAGGACAGACUGUCGCCAUAACACCGGCGGACUUCGAGCAUGCCAGGAACGAAGUCAGGCGCAGCGUCGGGGUGGAUGACAUCAAGAGGUACGCCGCGCUUCAGAAACAUUGGGGCAGGUGA